AUGUUACCCCACCUCCUCCCCUACCUCGCCCUCACGGCAAUCCACCUGUUCUUAGUAGACUCCGAAUUCGACUUCGACUUCGAUGACGACGGCGACAUUGAUGACUAUGGCCUCAAGCAGCUUAGCCCCAAGGAACUCGAAAAGGCCUUCAGGCUCAUGAGCGAAAUCCCGGACAAGUGCGCCGGUGCCAUUGCCUACUUUAUUGUGGAGAACUGGGGGGUGCUGGCCAAGCUGGGUAGGUUUAAGAAGGCCAUUGAUGAUGUUGGCAGUUACAAGAAUGCUGCGAAACUGCUGCUUAGCCGCAGGAAGAGAAGCCGGAAGAAGAAGGCCUACCAACGCAUGCAGAAACUCGCCGCGGAGGUUAUUGGCGUGGUUGUCAUUCAGUCAUACUGUACCUAA